AUGACAGAUGUGGUCUCUACGCCUCGGCCACGGCGGUCAACCUCUUCCUCUGGUGGCAUCUCUGCCCAUUCGGCCAUGGAACGAAGAGCGAGCCAGGAGACGGACGAGGGACCAAACUCUGCAGGCUCUGCUGGCAGUCGCGCGAGCAGAAAGCGCGUUACGUCCAUUGAUAUCGAGGAAGCGAACACCUCUAAAGUGAGAAACCUCAGCUUGGAGACCAGACCGAUGAGUAGCCAGAGCGGCAAGGAUACCAUCUGUCUCUGCACGCCCGGACUCAAGAUCCCAAGGCCUCGCAACCCCUUCAUACUGUAUAGACAACACCACCAGGCUACCGUCUCCAGCGAAUUCCCAGGCCUUUCCAACCCAGAUAUAUCCAAAAUCAUAGGACAGCGGUGGAAAUCACAGGACCCGCGAGAGAAGGAAAUUUGGAGGCAACUUGGAGAAGAGGAGAAGAGACGGCACGCGGAAGACUACCCAGAUUACCGCUAUCGGCCUCGUCGGGGUAGAUCUAGGAGUCAAACAGGAUCGUCAGCCUCGACUAAUCCAGGACGGUGCCCCAACUGUGGUGGCAGAUUCAUCGCAACGCCGAGAACGCCGUCAACACCAGCAGGCACACCGACAGUCGCAAAACCAAAAAUGCAGCCGCAUCGCCCGAGCGAGGCUCGCAGCGGGGACAGCGAUCACCUUCGGCGUGCCUUACCUGGAGAGAAACAGCCCUACCAACACCAACACAACAACUUGCGGGACGUGGAAGAAGAAUACGAACCAAUGUCGCCAUCCCCCGAGCUCAAACGACGCCGAAUCAACCCCUCUACGGGAUAUUACCAGGCAGUUCCUUCAUCCGGUCCAUACACAGGCCAUCCUCUAUCGAGGCAGCCUAGGUCAUCGGUGAGUAUGCCUCCUACGCCGCCUAUCGCCGGCUACGGGCCUUUGCCCGGUCCAUCAUCACUCGCGAGGCCCGGGUAUAGUAACAUGGCGCCCCCUCCUCCACGACCGCCCCAUCCGGCGAACGCGGGGCCAAGCCGCGGCCCGGGCUACGAUGAGAGUCUUCGACUGCCGCCCCUCCAGACCCAGUCGUCUCCGCCAAUCAACAGAGACAACGAUAUAAGCGACCGCCCGAGUGCACACCCAAUGACUGGCAUGGGCAUCGCAAACCCGAGAGAUAGAUAUGCUCAAAGCCUCGAGGCCAUGAUCAUGACGAUUCCUUUCUGGAGCAAGCUGAAAGUCCUGCAAAAGAUCAGCCCGACCUUGGCUCCGCCGGGACCGGCCAGUCCUGAAAUCGAGAUUCGCGGCGCAGUCGUUGCCGUUGAAGGGGCUGAUCCUCGACAGCUAGAGCAGGUGGGAACGGCAGUGCAUCGGUCUCUCCUCGGCUUGAGCGAGAUUGAUCUGAAGACGUGGAGCGAGGGACCGAGUACGCCGUUGUCUGGCCUGUCGGCCGAAGAUGACGCAAGGAUGAACGACACGGCCUCUGCUGGCGGCAGCAGCAGGAAGAGCAGCCAUUCGCAGCCCAACUUACACGCCUCGGAGCUGUUCUCUAACUAUAUGGAGAGCAUCCUGAAGUGGCAUGUGAAGUCGCGAGAGAUCAUCAAACACGUCUCCACCAAGCCGACUUUCGCAUCGAAUCCGCCUCCGCUCACGAGGCGGGCAUCGGAGGGGGAGGGUGUCGGGUCUCGACAUAGUUCGAUAUCGGUACCCAGCAAAACACCAGUUGCGCUGCUCCCCGCGGGAUUCAGUCUGACUCUAUCAGACAAGUACGCUUGCACAUUGCCCAUCUAUGAUUGCUAUGCCCCAAUCGACCAUUGGCAAUGGGUAUCGACUUUGUGGAGGGGAAUCAUUGGACCGGACCUUGUCAUCUACGUCAAGUCAGUGACUGAGGAGGAAAUCACUCACGCAGGUGCAGUUGAGUUCCGAGGCCACGGUGUGAUGGUGGUGAGAGUUGCGCAUAAUAAGCCAUUGGACGAGAAGACUGAGCGACGCAUCUCUUUUGAGUUGGUGGAGUGGAUUCGAGGAGGUAGCUAUCAGGAGGGAUUCGGGCGAGGUUGA